AUGAAGAAUCGUCAGGCCCCAAAAUCAAUCUUCAAAUCACGAAACUAUAUUUUACAAUGUGCACUUUUUCAUUUGUGGUUCAGUAACAGUGCCCAAUUACAAAGAAAUAAAACUGACGGAGAUGAAUUUGUUCUUAAAACACUGGCCCACUGUGAUGGACAUUAUUUUUCAGAUUACUGUAUGCAGGAAAAUGAUUUGAGGAUUGAAACUCGGAGGCAACGCAUAGAAUUCAAUCAUUCUGAAUGUGCUGCUCAAUCACCGACACCUGCAAAAAUUGUUCGUGGUUGA